AUCAAGACUAGUACUCGUUUUGUCACUUUGUUUCCGUGCCACUCAAUUACUGAUUAUUCUCGAUCGGGCUAUCUUCAAGGAGCUUUCUCAUAAUGCCAGGUCCAUGCAACCCGAAAAGAAAGAAGAAGGCACUUGUAAAGAAGAGCAAGAAGAGUACAUCUGUUAUACAAGCUACGCCUUCGGAACCUCCUCCCCCCGUUCACGAGCUUGAACCACCUCCCAGCGAAAUUUCUUGUCUUGGCUAUGAGCCUCCACCUAAAUUGCCUGCUCCUCAUGUCCAGGAAUUUCAUGAAGAAGUACUACCGAUCAUCCAUGAUCCCGGAAACGGUCCGCGAGUUCGCGACGUCCGGGGUUUCCUAUCUUCAUUCUUUGCCCACCCUCCCUCACUGGAUGACCCCUUAUGUGCGGAAUUUUCACAGGAAGAGGUCCUUCAGAUGCUCUGUACCGCGCUGCCGGAGGAAACCGCUAUGGUCCUAUGGUACAAUAAGAGUCGUACUACUAGUCGCAUCUGUCCAUCAUGCCGACGGCUUUAUCGCCUCGGCGAUAUUUUGCAAGACCUCACAGACGAUGGCGAAAAUGAUAUCAGUGAAACGCGCUCACCCUUACUUGCCCGGGAACAAGAGAUAUCGGGUCUUUGUUCUCCUGUCUGCUUCAUCGUUGCAUCGUUCGAGUACCCAAGUGCGAUUAAAACGACUUGGGGUAGAACAGCUGAGGAAAUAGAUGACUUCACGUGGGACCUUCUAAAUGGUCCUGGGGAUGGACAGGGCGACAAGGGACUUAGUCUCUUACUCAAAAUGGCGCGACUGCCUGACCUUGGUUUAGGACAGCUCUGUCUACCUGACAUUGACUUCGAAGCGGAACCCGCGGAUCGAAUCUACUGCAGGCAACAUUACGAACGUGACAAAUGUUCUUAUUAGCUAUUUAUUUGUUUUCGAAUAUCUGCUGUUCUCCUGCAUAUUCACAUCGUUCAUACUGUCUGGAUCACGGGCCUGCGUACUAUUUAUGUGUGUCAAGACUGGUCGUCAUUUAAAUUACUUAGGCCAAUGCUGGCCCUGCAUGAACCCAUCGCUAAAGAGACCGUAGGUCUGCUGUGUGUAAGACGGGCCGUUACAUCGUGGGUUUGUUGAAUUGGUGGUUAUGUCAGCAAGAGUCCGUGCCCUAUUCCCACGCUUGUUAGG